AUGGCUCUUGAGGUUCUUCACAAAAUCGUGGUCCAACCCGAUUUACUUGCAUCAUUUUGUAAAAAUUAUGAUGAGCGCCCAAACUCUAACAAAAUAAUUCAAACCAUUGGUUACAAACUGUCAGCAUGUAUGCAGCUAUGUUUGUUAUAUCCUGAUGUUAAUGAUGCAAAAAAAGAUGAUGGGCAAUUUGAAUCGAAUUGCCAAGCUGCUGAAUCUUCUGGCUUCGUUUGCAAGGGUUUUUGGAUUCCUCUUUAUCAAAAUAUUUCUCGCAAAAAACUGGAUUCACUGGAGAAACAUGAAGCUAUGAAUUUGCCAGAAGGCUAUACAUUGUCGUUAGCAUAUGCUUGCAUUACCGAUUUCUGCCAAAGUAUCUAUCAGAUAGAUGAAUCUAUGGAUGUUUGUAAAAGUAUUUUCGAAUUGUCCUAUUCAAGUUUAUUGGCUGCUUUAUCCAUAUUACUUGAUGCAAGCAUAGACGAAUCGGUAACAGAUCAUAUUCUGCAUUCUUUCUCGAUCAUUGUUUCAUUAGCAUGUCGUCUAGGCCAUGUAGUUGGUCGUGAUGCUGCAAUAUUUGUCUUGUGUAAAGCAGGUCUGCCAUAUAAUUAUUUUAUUCGAGUUUUUGGAAAUACUGGUGGUUUAAAUUCGUUAUCUGGAUUGGUUGAUACAAUUUGUACAGUCGAUGCUUCAUCUUUAAAAAAUGUUGGUGACAAUGAAGGUGAUUCGUCAGUUGGACCGUUGAAUCAUAUUGUCGCUGUUGGAACGCCAUGUCCUACCCCUUUUCUUCCAGGAAACUUCUUUGGACAAUCUGUUGUGGUAACAGCAAAAAAUAUCCAAGUAUUUCGAGUCUUAAUUAACUGUUUACAAGAAAAUGGGUUGUAUAUGGGCGAUUGUUGGCAUCUGACGCUGGCUUCGUUGCAACAUUUGAUUUGGAUUCUUGGAAUGAAACCGUGUUUACUAGAAGGAUUUCGCACCGAUGGCGAUGGCAUUGAUUCAUCUUCUUUAAUAUCAGGGCAACAUAAUUCGAAUAUGUUAACGACUACCGUUAUGACGGAAGUCCCAAUUAUGACUGCGAUGCUGAAUAAAUUGUUUGAUUCAACAGUAUUGCUCGAUGAUGUCGCUUUGCACCAUGUAAUUGCUGCUCUUUGUAAAUUAUCAAACGAAGCGAUGCAGGUAUUAGUCUCUCAGAGCGGUUCAAGAGAACCUUCAUUUUUUCCUAUCGCAAAACUGAGACAAACUGCCUUAGUCAACCUUUCACGGAUCGAAAUAUUUUGGAAGCCAGUUACUGCACAUCUCAUUGAGAUUUCUGGUCAUCCUUAUUCAAAACUUCGUGAAUGGGGUGCCGAAGCACUAAUGACUUUAAUUCGAAGUGCAAUGAAAGCAAAUAUAAAUGGUGAUGAUGUGGUGAGUUUCUUUAAUUUUAUUUUAUUUAUAUUAUAUAAAUAUAAUUAUUUAUUUGACUUUAUUUAA